AUGGUUGGCGGCGAAGGCAUGUACCUCAGAGAUGACGGCCGCAACAGAGAGGGCCACCUCGUCACCCCUGACGACCCUGCUGAUGCACCUCAAGCAGCAGCAGUGGAAGCCUCUGCUCCUGGCGGGGUCUACGAUGAGAGAUUGAGUACUGCGCCCCUCAGUCUCUGGCGUAGCUUCACCAGUCCCUCGGUCUUCCUGCCGACUUGCGUAUCCGGCACUCCCUUCCUCAGCGCUCCAAGCGCCGGAGGCCGCGCUCCUGCUCGCUGGCAAGACUUUGUGCCCGAGCAGAGCGGUGUGGCUAUGUCGUUGACCUUGCGCCAGCUCUCAUCAUCAGAGACCGCCGAGGAGCGCAUGGGUGAUGCCAAUGGUGUUGGCAGCCAGGAGAAAGACGACGACGAUAGUGAUGGCGAAGACGAGGAGAUGAGCGAGGAAGACGAAGAAGAUGAGGAGGAGGGCAAGGGCCAGACAGCCAAGGACAUGAGCGUCCCAAAAAGACGUGAUGGACAUGAUAUUGGAAGUUGGUCCAGAAUAGAAGAACUACUCGAUAGAAGAAGCCAAAGCAGGCUAUGCCCUGAAAUGGCAGAGUCCGUUACAAAAGCUCCAAAACGUGCCGGUCUCAUAUGCACAGAUGUAUAG